AUGCAGAGCAACUACUCCCUGGUCAUCACCACCAGAGAAACUCUCCAAGUACUCUAUACAGCACUGACGAACUCAUCGGCCACAUUGCGCUCGCCCCCUCCCUGCCCACUUACCUCUUCAGAUUAUCAGUUUUCACUAAUUCCUGCACUCUUCUCUGUGGUUUUUGUUCUGGGGUUGGUCGGCAACAGCACGGUGGUUGUGGUGCUUUGUCGUCACAGUGGCCUCAAAACAGUCGCUAAUAUCUAUAUUUUCAACCUGGCCAUGGCGGAUUUGCUGUGCCUCGCCACCCUUCCCUUCUGGGCUACCUACUAUGCGCACGGGUACAACUGGCUCUUUGGGUCUCUCAUGUGCAAAAUCUCCAGUUCUGUCUUGUGCUUGAACAUGUUUGCAAGUAUAUUUUUCAUUACGUGCAUGAGUGUGGACCGGUACCAUGCUAUUGUCCACCCUAUUCGCUCUCAGAGAAGAACGCCACAACAAGCUUAUUUUAUAGCGUUGGUUGUGUGGGGCCUUGCCUGUUCAUCCUCCCUCCCAACUUUUUAUUUCCGUGACACUAACUACAUUGAAAGCUUGGGGGUCAAUGCUUGCAUUAUGGCCUUUCCUCAGGAGAAUUAUGCAAAAUGGUCUGUGGCAACAGCCUUCGUGAAAAAUGCACUUGGCUUCUUCAUCCCCUUGACAGUGAUCACCACAUGCUACAUCUGGAUCAGGAGUCACUUGCUCAAAGCACAGGAGUUUGGGAAAAACAAACAGAAGAGGGACAAAGUCCUAAAGCUGGUGGCUGCUGUUGUUGCAGCCUUCUUAAUUUCCUGGCUCCCAUUCCACAUUUUAACGUUUUUGGAUGCCUUGACUCAUAUGAACAUCAUUAACAACUGUGACGUGACAAGGUUCAUUGAUACAGUGCUGCCAUUUGGCAUCUGCAUGGCAUUCGCCAACAGCUGCAUCAACCCUUUGCUGUACUGCUUUAUUGGGAACCAGUUCCAGGAGAAGCUCCAUCGUUUGUUUAAGCGACGAGUUUUUCAGUUCAACAGCCAUCAAGAGAGCUCUUCUUUGAGGAAAGGGAGCUGCUUCAAAGAUGCUGAAACCCCCAUGAGCAGGGAAGGGGGGCCUGAGUCCUUGCUGUAG